AACUUUCAAUUGCUUCUUAGCCCACUGUUUCUAAGUUUUUGAGGUCUGAAAAUGGCGGAUUUACGUGAUGAACAUGGCAACCCAAUCCAGCUGACCGACCAACAUGGCAACCCAGUUCAACUCACCGAUGAAUUCGGCAACCCCAUGCACCUCACUGGGGUGGCCAAGACGGCUGGGUCUGGACCGGACGUAGGUGUACCAGCCACUGGAACUUUGUCCGGUUCCCCGCUUGGUCGGACGACGGCUCCUGCGGUUCAUGGUGGUGUAACAGAGGCUGGACCUGAAAUUCAGCAGCAGCAGGAGCUUCGUCGCUCAUCUAGCAGUUCAAGCUCCUCUGGCUCGUCCGAGGAUGAUGGGCAAGGUGGGAGAAGGAAGAAGAAGGGAUUGACGCAGAAAAUAAAGGAGAAAUUAGGAGGGGGCAAGCACAAAGACAAGGACGUCGGCGAGCACGCGCCCACUGGAACCACUACAUUGAGCAGCACCACAACCGUGACUCAUUCGGCUCAUGAACAUGAGAAGAAGGGUAUGAUGGAGAAGAUCAAGGAAAAACUCCCUGGUCAUCAUAACCAUUAGACUACAAUCAUCAUCACCAUCACCAUCAUCCAUCAUCAUCGCAUAUAUAUAUAUAUAUAUAUAUAUAUAUAGUAGUUUUGUGUGCACAUCUUUGUAUUCAUGUGCUUGGUUGGUUUGAGAUGGUUAGGAGUUUUAUCAUGGGGUGUAAUAAAUUGUAGAGUGGAGUGCUUGUGACAUUCGGUUUUGGUGGUUGUGUACUGUUAAAGAGUGAAUCCAAUCAAUCAGUGUGCCCUCUUCUAGUUUA